AUGAAGCUGCAUUUCGGCCUCCCCCUUUCGGAGGACCUGCUGGAGAAGUCCGGGGGGCGCUACGUGCUGUACUCUGUGUAUUUGGAAGGCUUUUUAUUCUGCAAAGUGCGUUACAGUCAGUUGCACCACUGGAAUGAACAGUUAAGACGAGUCUUUGGGAGAGGUAUCCCUGCAUUUCCUCCAAAGUUUUACCUUGCAAUGACGAAAUCAAUGGUGGAUGAAAGGAGGGCUCAGCUAGAACAAUAUCUACAGAAUGUGUCUAGUGAUCCAAGUGUUACAAACAGUGAUGUCUUCAUUAGUUUCUUCAGGAAAUUACAGUUGGAUACAUUUAAAAUCCAAACCCAACAAGCCUUUCUAGAUGUUUACUUUGCUGAUGGGAGGCAUCUGAGAAUGGAUAUUCAGACAUCAGAUACCGCUGAAAGAGUGCUAGAAGUCAUGUCCUACAAGAUCAAGCUUUCAAGAGAACUAGUAGGGUAUUUUAGCUUAUUUCUUAUUCAGGAUCAAAAUGAUGGAGAGCUUUCUGUGUUGAAAAAACUGGCCGAAUUUGAACUUCCCUAUGUGAGUCUUCAGAGUAUGAAAGAGUCUCCUUGUAAGAUUGCGAUCAGAAAGUGGUAUAUGGACCCUUCCCUUGAUAAAAUACUUAUGGACUGUAGAACCUCUGUGAACUUACUUUAUAUACAGGCACUGCAGGAAAUAGAGAGAAAAUGGAUCAAGCCCAGCGCUGGACAGAUGCAGAAACUUCAGAUGCUACAAAAAACACUAAACAAAAUUAAGCUUUUAGAGCUGAUUCGAGAGGUGCAGCACUACGGAUACAUGCAACUGGACCCUUGCUCCUGUGAUUAUCCAGAAGUAGGUUGCACUGCUGCUAUUCGUGUUGGAAGUAAUGAGAUUAGCUGCUGUAUAAAGUUGCCUAGUAACCAGAUCAAAGAGGUCAACUUCAAGAUCAACAGGGUGAGGUGCUGGCAAGUCACAUUCCUAGGAUCUCUUUCAGGCCAAGGGCUUGACCAGGUCUUGGAGCUCAGGUUCGAGUAUAAUGAUUCUGACACGUGGAGAUGGAUUGUCUUCAACACAAAGCAGGCGUUUCUUCUCAGUAGUUGUUUAAAAAAGAUAAUAUCGGAGCAGCUGAGCAUGACAACCGAAAGCAGUCAAGAAAUGCGGACUGAGUUGCCAGAACCAGGCAAAGCUAAGAAGCAAAGCAUUCAUCCGAGCCAGAUAUUUCAUUCUGGUAUUAUGCCAAGAAAAAAGCUGUUGGAUAGACCAAGCGAGGACGACUGUGUGUUUGAGAAGAUAAGAGAAGAAGAUUUGUGAUCAGUGCUUUGAGACUG